CGACGACGACGACGACGACGACAUCCACGCCAACCCGUCCCGUCGCUUUUCCCUGGCCAUGAUGGCCGUGAUCGAUGUGAGCCAGCAGAGGGCGUCGCUCCUUAGCGAUGCGACCACCUUGGACCUCUUGCCGCCAGAGUUGCUGCUCAUAAUCCAGGAUCACCAAUCGACCAAAUUCCUCGAUGCGAUCGCCAGCGCCGCUCUUGUCUCGACAGCCACCGACCGCAUCUUUACCCAUUUCGAGUCUGUUUUUGCCGAUAUUUGCGCCAGAUGGAUUCUGUCUUCUCCAAAACUCGAUACGCGAGUCCUUGCCGCUUUCGCAAGGAUCUUGCCCUUCGCCCCGUCGCUGUCCGUCUUCCUCGUGUCGCAUCUUCGAGGAGGAUCUUUUGGUGGUGUUAAUGGUGGUAACCACAACGACAAAAGCAACGACAAUGAUGCUUCUUCAAAACUUAAACCUCUCGAUUCCCUUGACCUAGCUUCGAUCCGCCCAGAUGACCUCCCAAUUGUCCUCCUAGCCCUCUGGAGGCUCAACAACUUUGACAAGCGCACCUACGCCGGCCUGUCAAAGCCAUCCCAAAUACAGACCCUGUUCGCACACGAGAACCCCAUCGUCCGAUAUCUUGCCGUCCGAAUCUUCUGCCAGCUUCAUAAUGCCGCCGAUGUCAAGAUCGAAGCCCUCCUCGAAAAGCACAUACCCAAAGAUACCAGCCUUGUCGCAGAGCUCGACGGGCGCGAAGCCGACUAUGCGUUCCUCAGCCUACACGAGGAUUCUAGACGUGAAGACAUUCAGAGCUCUCGCAGUAAAUCCCAACAAACUAGUGCGGUUGACGAUGCGGUUGUCGAAUUGAAUAUCACAAACAUCCCAGAACAGAACCUCACUCCUCUAGUUGUCAAAUAUGGAAAGACAGUCCUCCCGCGUCCCCUCGGCCCUGUGACUGCUCCCACCACCCUCGCACUUACCCCGACGACUGUUGAGAACCUCGAGAACCUCACCGGGUGCCUGCAACGACCCGGGCCUAUCCUCCUCCACGGCCUGUCCGGUUCCGGCAAGACCUCCCUAGUCCACGAGAUUGCGCGCGAGUUAGGCAAGCAGAAGCAACUAGUGACACUACACCUGAACGAGCAAACCGACGCCAAGAUGCUGCUUGGGCUAUACACCACCGACUCGAAACCCGGUUCCUUCUCGUGGCGCCCAGGUGUGUUGACCACUGCCGUCAAGGAGGGAAGAUGGGUCUUGAUUGAGGAUCUCGAUCGCGCGCCAACAGAAGUCAUGAGCACAUUGCUGCCUCUCAUUGAGCGAGGAGAGCUGCUAAUUCCUGGACGCGGCGAGACCAUACAGGCCACCGAAGGCUUCCGCAUAUUUGCUACUGUCCGGACGCUGCUCGGCAUGAACGACAAGGAGAACCUACCCAGCUUGAUUGGUCUGCGUCUUUGGCAGCUUACGCACGUCAAGGCCCUUCCCCAACAGGACUUGAAGGAUGUCAUCAACAGCAGAUAUCCCUUGCUUCACAAAUACGUUCCAGGAGUGUUGGCGGUCUUCGAUGCGUUGCUGGCGGCCACCAGCGGUUCGACCCGUCUGUCGCUCGGUCGCAUGGUCUUCGAGCGGCCACUCGGCACAAGAGAUCUCCUCAAGUGGUGCGGGCGCCUAGAUGAGAUUCUCCGUGCUUCCGGCUGCAAGACUGGCGAGGAGCCCAUUACCGAUACUACCAGGGACCGCAUGUUCCUCGAAGCGGCCGAUGUUUUCGUUGGUGGAGUCAAGGAGAUCCAAGCGCGUAAUAUUCUAAUAGGUGUCAUUGCGAAGGAGAUGCAUCUUUCUCCCGAGAGGGUUGAGCACUACUUGACGAGCUACGUUCCCGACUUGGAGGAUAAUGAGUCAAGACUCACCAUCGGCCGCGUCUCGUUUGCAAAGGGGAGGAAAACCAGCCGUGGGGCCAAGAACAAGAGGCCUUUCGCUACCACCACUCAUGCUAAGCGGUUGCUGGAGCAGAUUGCGGUUGCUGUAAGGCACAAGGAGCCGCUCCUGUUGGUCGGUGAGACGGGUAUCGGUAAGACUACCGUGGUUCAGCAGCUGGCGGAAUCACUUGGUCACCAACUUGUCGCCGUCAACUUGUCCCAGCAAAGUGAAGCUGGUGACCUUUUGGGUGGCUUCAAGCCCGUCAGCGCACAGACCCUCGCCAUGCCUAUCAAGGAGGAGUUUGAGGAUCUAUUCGAGAGAACCGGCGUCUCUGCUGAAAAGAACAAGGCUUAUCUGGACGGGAUCAACAAAAAGUUCGCCAAGGGCAGGUGGAGAGAGGUCUCCAAGGAGUGGCGCAAGGCUCCCAAGAUGUUCGAGCAGAUCCUCGCCAAGUUCGAGAGCAUGCAAGCAGCCAAGACCGUAGAGGCGGAGGUUGCGGAGGAGAACCAGGAGCAGGGCCCAGCCAAGCGUCGGAAGACCGAGUCCAGCAAGCUCCAGCGCCUGCGGGAUCUCAAGGCUCGUUGGGACUUGUUUUCGCAGAGUCUUGAUCAGUUUGAUAGACAGGUCGCGGCUGGUCCUGGUGGCUUUGCCUUUGCUUUCGUCGAGGGCAAGAUUGUCAAGGCGGCGAGAAACGGUGACUGGGUCCUGCUUGAUGAGAUCAACUUGGCCUCACCUGAUACCCUGGAAAGCAUUGCUGGCUUGUUCCAGACCAAUCCCUCUCUUUUGCUCUCUGAAACGGGAGAGAUUGAGAGAAUCCAGGCGCAUCCCAAUUUCCGCGUGUUUGGUGCCAUGAACCCUGCCACAGAUGUGGGCAAGAGAGAUCUUCCCAUGGGGCUGAGAUCCCGUUUCACCGAGAUUUAUGUCCAAAGUCCUGAUCGCGACAAGAAGGACCUCCUCACCAUCAUCAAAACGUACCUCAAGGGAAAUAACAGCAGCAUUGACCGUUUGUCCGACGACAUUGCUGAUCUCUACCUUGAAAUCAAGAAGCGAGCUGAAGCAAAACUACUGGUCGACCAGGCCAACGAAGUGCCGCAUUUCAGUUUGCGUACAUUGACCCGUGUCUUGACAUACACCAACGAUGUGGCUCCUUUCUACGGUCUCGAAAGAGCUGUUUAUGAAGGUUUCUGCAUGGGCUUUACAACCUUGCUGAGCGAGGAAUCAGAGAGGACAGUUAUGCCCCUUAUCCAGCAACAUCUGCUGAAGAAGGCUUCCAUCCUGACUAAUCCUCCCAAGAGACCCAUUGAUGGCAAAAACUACGUCAACUUCAAAAACACAAACAAAGAUCACCAGUACUGGCUGCUUCAGGGCAACGAAACGCCAAUUGAGCGCCCAGACUAUGUCGUCACUCCUUAUGUCGAAAGAAACCUAUUGAACUUGGUUAGAGCUACGUCUACUCGUAGAUAUCCCAUCCUCAUCCAGGGCCCUACUUCUGCGGGUAAAACCAGUAUGAUCGAGUAUCUCGCCAACUAUACCGGUAACAAGUUUGUGAGAAUCAACAACCACGAGCAUACCGACUUGCAAGAGUACCUUGGCACCUAUGUCUCGGAUUCCAACGGAAAGCUCAAGUUCCAGGAAGGUAUUUUGGUUCAGGCCAUGAGGGAAGGAUCGUGGAUUGUUCUCGACGAAUUGAACUUGGCGCCCACCGACGUCUUGGAGGCUCUCAACCGUUUACUUGAUGACAACCGUGAGCUUCUCAUUCCCGAGACCCAAGAGAUCGUCAGGCCAGCGGAGAAUUUCUGCCUCUUCGCUACCCAGAACCCUCCUGGUCUAUACGGUGGUAGAAAGGUGCUGUCUCGUGCCUUCCGCAACCGUUUCCUUGAGCUUCAUUACGACGACAUUCCCGAGAGCGAACUGGAGACCAUUCUUCAGAAGCGCAGCCGCAACACUGCUCCCUCCGACUGUCGCCGCAUCGUCCAAGUCUAUAAGCAACUUACCCGUCUCCGCCAGGAGAGCCGUGUCUUUGAGCAAAAGAACUCUUUCGCCACGCUUAGAGAUCUCUUCCGAUGGGCACUGAGAGCGGCCGAGACCCGUCAAGACAUUGCCGACCACGGCUUCAUGCUCCUUGCCGAGCGUGUGCGUAAGCCCGAGGAGCGUGAUGAGGUCAAGAAGGUCAUCGAGGAGGUGUUCAAAGUCAAGAUCGACCCCGAUCAGCUCUAUGAUCGCGACACAGCGCCCGAGUUCCGCGGUACUGGUGGUAACAAGAACAAUAGCCAGGGUGUGAUCUGGACCAGAGCCAUGCGUCGUCUGUACGUCUUGGUUAAGCGCGCCAUUGUCAACAACGAGCCAGUCCUGUUGGUUGGUGAGACUGGUUGCGGAAAGACAACUGUCGUUCAGCUUCUAGCGGAAUUUGACAAGAAGGAAUUGCAUAUUGUCAACGCUCAUCAAAAUACCGAAACUGGUGAUCUCAUUGGUUCUCAGAGACCUGUGAGAAAUAGGGGUGCUAUUCUCGACGGCUUGCUGAGAAGCUUGGAGCAGGCCGCUACUAUCCUUGGCCAGGAGACGGGCGAUAUCGACCACAUGCAGGCAUGGUAUCAGUCUCUUACUGCCGACGACCUGGCUAAGCUUCCCGAGGAGUUGAAGGUCAAGAUUCAGUCCGAUGCUGCCCGAAGCAAGGCGCUCUUUGAGUGGAGCGACGGUAGCCUUGUCCACGCCAUGAGGGAGGGUACUUACUUCCUUCUCGACGAAAUCUCUCUGGCUGAUGAUUCCGUCCUGGAGAGAUUGAACUCCGUGCUUGAGCCUGCUCGCACUCUUCUGCUUGCGGAGAAGGGCAUCACCGACUCCUUCGUCGUUGGUGCUCAAGGCUUCCAGUUCUUCGCUACCAUGAACCCUGGUGGUGACUUUGGCAAGAGGGAACUGUCGCCUGCUUUGCGUAACCGUUUCACCGAGAUCUGGGUCCCUGCUUUCACCGAUGAGGAGGAUGUCCAUGACAUUGUCGUCUCCAAGUUGGAUGCUAAGUACAAGAAGAACCUAAAGGGGGUCAAGACGCCAAUUUCUCGUAUCAUUGUCAACUUUUCGUCCUGGUUCGGCAAGACUUUCAGGUCUUCAUCUACAACGGCGCUCUCAGUCCGUGAUAUCUUGGCUUGGGUCCAGUUCAUGAACAUCUGUAACUUCCCCUCUGUCGAGCUUGCUCUCCUUCACGGUGCUGCCAUGGUCUUCAUUGAUACCAUUGGUGCCAACCCCUCCGCCCUGAUCGCCGUCGAUCCCAGGACGAUGGAUAUGCAGAGACAGGAGUGCCUCGAAAAGCUCAGUGAACUGUGCGGCUCUGAUCUUGCUCAUCACUAUUUCCAGGAGCCGCAGCUCAAGAUGGACGAGCAAGCCCUUACCAUUGGUGACUUCAGCAUCGAGAGGUUACCAAGCGCGGACCCUAACUCUGGAAGGGAGUUUGGUGUUCCUACUACCAAGAUGAACGCUAUGCGUGUCAUCAGGGCUCUUCAAGGCACCAAACCCAUCCUUCUUGAAGGUAACCCCGGUGUGGGUAAGACUACGCUUGUCACCGCCUUGGCUCGCGCUUGCGGCAGGCCCUUGACCAGAAUCAACCUGUCCGACCAGACUGAUCUCAUGGAUCUGUUCGGUACCGAUGUUCCCGUCGAGGGUGCUGAAGCCGGUAACUUCUGCUGGAAGAACGCUCCCUUCCUGGAGGCCAUGCAGAACGGUUCUUGGGUUUUGCUUGAUGAGAUGAACUUGGCUUCUCAGACCGUUCUCGAGGGUCUCAACGCCUGUCUUGAUCAUCGUGGUGAGGUCUACAUCUCCGAACUUGAUCAGGUUUUCAAGCGUCAUCCCGACUUCAAGCUCUUUGCUGCCCAGAACCCGCACUCUCAAGGUGGUGGCCGUAAGGGUCUUCCCAGCUCGUUUGUCAACCGUUUCAUCGUUGUGUACUCCGAUGUCUUCACCAAGCAGGAUCUGCUCUAUAUUACGGCCAAGAAGUUCGACAAGAUUGGCGGCGAAACGCAGACGAAGCUCAUCGAGUUUAUGUCCAGGCUUGACGAUGCCGUCGUCACUGCCCGUUUGUUCGGUGCUCAGGGCUCGCCGUGGGAGUUCAACUUGCGUGAUACUCUUCGGUGGGGUGACCUGCUCACAUCCGACAAUGCUCUUCUCAGCGGCCGGAAGCCGGAUGAUUUCCUUGAUGUGAUCAUUCGCCAGCGUUUCAGAACCGAGCGGGAUCGUGUUGAAGUUGACAGAUUGUUCACUGAGAUAUUCCAGCGUGCGCCUGAGACUCACAGCCUUUACCACGACAUCAACUCCUCCGUCUCUCAGGUUGGCCUUGCGACUCUACAGCGCAACCAGCUGUCGCAGCCAACGCCAUUCCCAUCUAUCGACCCCAUUCACAGGCUAAAGGAGAUUGAAAGUAUCUUGAUCGCCGUCGAGCAAGACCUGCCUUGUAUCCUUGUUGGGCCUUCCGGCAGCGGCAAGUCAGCCCUGCUCAAUCAUGUGGCUGCUAUGGCUGGCCGGUCCCUCGUCAUCUUCCCGCUCAACGCUGAUGUCGACACCAUGGAUCUCAUUGGUGGCUUCGAGCAGGCUGAUCCUCAUAGAGAGGUCCAGGCCAACCUUGCUAAGAUGAAGCAGGCGCUCCAGGAUCAGAUCCUCCAAGCUCUUCCUGCGCCGGUGCCGGUUGCAGCGGUUGAUCUCAUGGGUGCGCUCAUGGCCCUUUCUGGCGAGCACCAGUAUCCUGAUAUUCUCCGUAUGAUUGAGAACCUCCUCCCUGAGGCCGGUGAACUCGCUCCUCUUCUUUCCGAGACUGCUGAGCUGCUCCGCAAGCCUCUGACUCUGGAAAACCCUCGCUUCGAGUGGCUUGAUGGUGUCAUUGUCCGGGCUGUCGAGACUGGUGCUUGGUUGGUGCUAGAUAACGCCAACCUGUGCAGUGCCUCCGUGCUUGAUAGACUCAACUCCCUUCUCGAGCGUCCCAAUGGCUCCCUGAGCAUCAACGAGCACAGCGGUCCCGGUGGCGAGCCGCGCAUCUUGACCCCUCAUCCUGACUUCAGAAUCUUCCUUACUGUUGAUCCCCGUUACGGCGAGCUUUCGCGUGCCAUGAGGAACCGUUCCGUUGAAAUCUAUCUCGAAGGUGCGCCUUGGGAGGCAAAGAACGCCGGUCAUCAGACUAUUGCGCCUGUUGAUGGCAGUUUGCAACGCUUCCACACUGCCACGAGAAUCCUGAACGGCGCUGAGAACGCGGAUGUCCUUGCUCCUCUGGCAUUUGAUGUCCUCUCUCUUGGUGAUACCAGACUCCUCGAGGCCUUCAUGCAAGCUUCUACCAACGGCCUGAUCAAGUCUCCCGCUGCUAGCCAACGUCUCGCUCAGCUUUUGUCUUACAUCAGUGCUGAAGAUGCCGGUGCGCUGAGACAGGCUGUUGCCUCUCUGUACGGCUCUGCCCCUAACAAGAUGCUCAUGCCUCUCCACCCUCUGCUCAACCCGCCUAUGAUUCCUCUUCUCGAGCAGGAUCGCGAGGGUCUGGCGGCCUGGAUCGCCGGCUGCUACGAGCUCUACCUCGACAUCCAAUCCGCCCAGUCCGCCAUGGAAGCUCAGCUUGGCAAAGUCAAUGUCAGCAAGCCGUCCCAACUCAACCGCCUCCAGCGCUCCUGGAUCGCCGACAAGGUCGCCUCGCUCUCUCGCGACUCCACUGUCAACGCCGCCCGCUUCCUGGCCUCUAUGCUCAAGCUGUUCAAGGCCUACAUGAGCGAGACCAUUAACGAGUCCAGAGCCUGGAAGGAGCGUCGCGCCAUCUUGAGGCGUCUGAUGCUCUUCUGGACGCGCACCUUCGAGGCGCUCAUCGUGCCUAAUGCCAAGUUCGAGGAGGCCCGUUUCCAGGCGCACUUGACGCAGGGCUCUAACCUCCUGAGGAAGGCCCUUUCCGUUCUGCAAGAGGCUGAUGAUCGCAAGAUGCUUGCUACCAUCUUGGAGUAUCUCGAGCGCGACUUUGUCGUCGGCUUCAAGCUUUCGACUGGUCUCAGUAUGGAGGCGCUGUGGAAUCAGCUGCGUCCUGAGCCGGUCGCUGAUCAGGAGUGUUUGAAGCAGGUCAUUGAGAUGGAGAGACUUGCUGAUCGGUUCGAUUCGCUGCGCUGGAAGGCUGAUGCUUCCAUCCCCACUCUGAGAAGCGUUCAGGAAGCUAUGGCUAGGGCAUAUACCGUCGUUCGCAGCGGAAGAGGUGAUGCCUCUGCGCUUGUCAGGGAACUCGAGUCGGAGAUUUCCACCCUCGAGGCUAGAAUUGGUCAACAUCCAUGGACUCACGAGCCGUUCUUUGCUUCCACUUUUGAGGCACUUAGACAGGCUCUUGUUCUUCACCAAGUUACGGAGGACGGCGAGGUCGUUUUGCCCGCUCUGUCUGAUAUCGACGUGCUUUCCAACCUCCCCACUGUUGCUCUGAUGCGUCUCCGCGCUUCGGGGUCUUCGCCGCUGCAGUUGGUCGAUUGCUUGCUUGCCCAGGAUAGUGAGGUUCGUCCUUGGACUGGUACCCUGUCCAGGUCGCUCUUGCUCAAGUACGAUGCCACUUCCUCAGCCAGCAUGCACGAGUUGCAUUCUUUGGAGACCGAGUUGCCUAUCAUGGGCAAGAUCCUCGCCAAGUCUUCCGAUGCUCUGGCUACCGAUUCGCUGAAGAAGACGGAGCGGCUGUUGCUGAAGCUGAUGGAGGAGAUAAUGGCUGCUCAUGGCGAUCUUUGCAAGGGCGUCGUCGUGCCUUUCUUCCAUGGUCUUAUGAAUGAGAUGGGCAAUGUCCAGGUGGCUGAGCUCGCUGCUCUCCUCGAACAGGGAACCAACUUUGCGAUUGAUACCACUCAGUGGCCUCAGCACCUCGUUGUCAUCUUUGAGAGGCACUUCUACAAGGCUUUGAGAGCCCUGGCCGCCGCCGAGAAGGGUCUCCAGCCUCGCUCUGCAUACACUUCCGUCGCUUGGGUUCAAUUCUCUCUUGCGUCCAUCAAGCUCUUCAUUCCCGACAAGAUCUUCGAUCCUCACCACCGCGCUGAGAUCGAGCAGGAGGAGCACCGCGAGAUCUACGAAAGCCUGCAGCAACAGAUCGCUGCUCUCGAGGCGUUUGAGCUUGCCUUCACCGGCCAGCACGCCGGUCUCCGCUGCAAGCUUCUCAUGGAAGAAGUUGCUGGUCUUGGGGAGCCGCCUGCUGUUCAGUCUAUCUACCGCCCUGGCGACUCGGAGCUUCGUGGCCUGCAGGGAGAGUUCAACAAUGUUCUGAAUGCCCUUGUACAGAACGACGUGGCUGCUUCGCAUCUGCGCUCCAUUUCCACCGACGCUGAGGAUGCUUCCGAGGAGCUUUCCCUCGUUGAGAGGAACCUUGUUGCUCUUGUUGGCCGCUUCAUUGGUCGCUUCAAUGCCUACCAGGACUUGACGAUGCCGCUGGUUAGCUUCUUGCGCUGCUUGCAGCUUGGUCUUUCGCUCGGCCAGGGUGCCGUCCCUGCCAAGAGCUCCGACGAAACCGAUUUCAAGAGCAUGGUCAAGGCCACCCCUUUCCUUAGCGGUACUGUCUGGGACGCUGAGGCUAAGAGCUUGCCUCUCCGCUCGCUUGAAUUCCUCUCAUUUGUUCAGGCCAUCGUUGCCGUCGAAGGUAUUGAUAGCUUGCCGGAGAACCUCAGACAGGCUGUACACGAGUCCUUCUAUGCUUUCCAUGAGGAGUGGAGCAAGAAGCUGGAGGCCGAUCGUAAGGCCGAAGAGCAGAAGAACAGCUUGUUCCGCUUCAAGGGGAGUCUGGAAGAUGAAGAGGCCUUUGACCAAGAAGAAUUCGAUCAGCUGUUCCCUGACUACGUAGACGACGACGAGGAGCAGGAUGCCGACGCGCCCAAGAAGAAGAAGCAGAUUCCUCGCGGCAACCGCGACCUGUCCAUCUUGCUGGCGGAAGCUCAUGAGAAGAUUUUCCUCUCGCCUCAGGAGCCCCAGCAGAGCAUUCGCAUCUUGCUUACCCAAGUUGCUCGCAGGAUUGCCCGUGCGGAGCGCAACGCCGCCGCUGGCGAGCCCGAGAUGGACGCCUUGCUUCUGCCCGCCACCAUCCUCGCCUUCGAGGACCAGAUCAAGGCCUUCAGCGCCAACGUUGACUCCAACAACUACAACUUCUAUACCGACUCUAUCCUCGUCGAGGUCCGCAAGGCCCUCACUCUCGUCACCGCCCUCAAGAAGCGCUUCCAGGAGCUACAGACCAUCGAAGAAAUCGGCCACCAUCAAACUCUCGCCGACGUCAUCAUCGCUUGCGACAAGGUGCUCGACAUGUCUAUCGACGAUCCCCUGGCCGCCAUCAUCUCCCCCAUGGAGAAGCUCUACGCGCACGUGUACGAGUGGCACGAAGGCGGCUGGGCCACCAAGGCGCACAAGGCCACCGUCCUGUAUGAGAAGCUGCGCGAUACCAUCUGCGACUGGCGCCGUCUCGAGCUGUCCAGCUGGUCGAGACUGCUCGACGCCGAAGCCAAGAAAUGCCACGACGAUGCCAAGUCCUGGUGGUUCAUCGCCUACGGCGCCGUCAUCCUCCAGCCGUGCUCGUGGUUGCAGGAGGGCAAGGAUCUGUAUGCGUACGCGGUCGAGCUCUUGGGUGCUUUGGAAUCCUACUUUAACACUGCCAGUCUCGGCCAGUUCACCUCUCGUCUGAACCUUCUCAGACAGCUCAGAAACCAGCUGGAGCUGCUGAUGGUGGAUGAGCCUCAGUUGAGCGUCAUCCGCGAUGCUGUCCAGAAUUUCAUCACCUAUCACGCCAGGUACGAGCGCAAGGUCAAGGAGGCUAUCGCCGCCGGCAGAACUCCCUUGGACAGGAAGAUGAAGGAUGUGUUGCUACUGUCGAAGUGGAGAGAUAAGAACAUCGAGGCGCUCAGGGCUAGUGCGCGCAAGUCUCAUCAGAAGCUUUUCAAGCUGGUGAGGAAGUUCCGUGGUGUACUUUCCCAGCCUGUGAGCGGCAUAACCGAGCAAGGCCUUCCCGAGGAAGAGCACAAGAGCCUCGUGGCAAUCGUCGACAAGGCCGCUGUCCAAGCUGACCAGGAGGCUAUCGCCCUUGUCUUGCAGCUCAUUCCAUCUCUAGAGAGCCAACAGCAGUGGACAAGAAUCACCAACCUUCCCGGCGUCCUCAAGAUGAUGGGCAAGUUUGGCUCGCUGCCUGCUUCGGCCGUGGAGAUCCCCAGCAACUUGGACGAAUACAUCACCUCGUUGGUCACCGAGAUGGCUGAGCUUCGCAAGGAGACUCCCCAGCACCUCACUGACGAAAACAAGGAGGCCGUGGCGCACUUGAAGACAAGAAAGACUAAGCUCUACACCGACACGCUCAAGACUCUUCGCGAGAUGGGCUUCAGUCGUAACCUGGGCACCACCAUUCUCGACCGCCAAAAGUCUGCUCACGCCGUGCUCGUCCACUCGGGUCUUGUUCCCCACCUGAGCGAGUCGCAGCUCAACGCCAUCGAGUACUUCUACCACAAGAUGCUCGACUUGGCGCCCAAGUUCCGCCAGGCUACCUUCGAACACAACGAUGAUCUUAACCGCGAGAUCGUCCACCGUUCCAUUGGUUUCCUCGAGGGUAUUCUGUACGUUAUGUUCAAGCAGCGCAUGUAUCUCUCCCGCACAGCUGAAGCGGAGCGUGCUCUUGCCCAAGCCAUUACUUUCACCAAGGAGGUCUCAGGCCGUGGCGGCGAGGUGGCUAUUCAGUCGCAGAAGAGCUUAACGAACCACGGUCGUGUCCUGCGCUGGCUUGUCCAGAUCCUCAAGUUCGCCGUCUACAUGGUCGACGUCCACGGCAAGCUCGGCGAUAUCAGCAAUGAUCAAGUUCGCAGCAAGUUGCAGCAUUGGCUCGAUACGUUCGCCACUUUGGCCACCAAGCAGGAAAGCCUGCCUCGUCUGCCUACCGGUUUCAGCUCCUCCGCUCUCGAGCAGCUUCAUAGCGAUGCCGAGAAGGAGCUCGACGGUCUUCGCGAAAGCCUCAGCAGUCUCUUGCUCGAAAGACCCGACAUGGCAUUCGUCAUCCGCCAAGUCCAGCUCUGGACCAGCGCCCAAACCGUCGCCAUCGCCAACGAGCUUCAGGAAACCACCAUCGACGAGUUCGCCAAGUCCGCCCUGGACCUGUCCAGCCGCAUCCUUGUCGCCCUGCAAAAGUUCCCUGAAGCCGUCAAGAACCUGCCCCAAAGCCAAGAAGACGCCGGCUGGUUCCUGGCCCACAGCGAAGGCCUCGAGAAGGCCAUCAACACCCUUGCCAUGCCGCGCAUCACCUCCGAAGUCGACGGCAUCCUCCGCCUGCUCAAGACCUCCGACCUGUCCCAGCCUGCCGUCCGGGACGCCGAGACUGCGCUCCUGCGCGCCAUCCUGCCCAUGCUCGAGCAGUACGCCGCCACGUGCCAGCAGAACCUCGCUCAGUACGCCGACCUGCACCGGUCCACCUGCCGUCUGGGCUACACCCUCAGCAACAGCUUCAUCGUCAUCGCCAAGCAAGGCUUCUGCUCUCCCCAAGAAGAGAGCAAGGAAAAGUCCGGUGAAUCUGGUGACGUGCAGAGCGGCACCGGUCUGGGUGACGGUGAGGGAGCAGAGGAUAUCAGCAAGGAUAUCAAGGAUGACGAGGACCUUUCCGAGCUCGCGCAGGAUCAGAAUAACAAGAACCAGAACGAUAUCGAGGAUAACCCCGACGCGGUGGACAUGGGUGAGGAUGAUCUCGAGGGAGACAUGGGGAGCGUGAAGGCUGAAGAGGAAGAUGAAGAGAACCAGAAGGAUAAGGAUGGUAGUGAUGAUGAGGAGGAUGAUGAGAUGGACGAGGAGGCGGGUGGUGUCGAUGAUCUCGAUCCUACUGCUGUCGAUGAGAAGAUGUGGGAUGGUAAAGAUGAAGAGGAUGCGGAGAAGGAUCAGAAGGGUGAGAAUAAUAGCGGCAAGCAGGAUGAGGAUGAGCAGGCUGCUGCGGAACCAGGGAAGGAGAAGAAGGAGCAGCAGCAGGAGAGCGAGGAAGCGGUGGGUGAGGAGGAGGAAAAGAAGGAGAAGAAGGAGGGUGAGGAGGAGAACGAGGAUGAGGAGGAAGGUGAGCCGGGACAGGAGCAGGAGGGUGACGCCCAGCCACAGGAGGAACUGAAUAAUCAGGACCAGAAUGUGCAGGAGCAGGAUACCCUAGCGUUGCCGGAUGAUAUGCAGAUUGAUAUCAGCGAUGGAGAGGAUGAGGAGGAGGAUAACUUGGAUGACCUGGAGGAUGGUGAGAAGCCGCAGGAUGGAGAGAUGGAAGAGGAGCAGGCGCCGAAUGGUGUGGAGGAGGAGCAGCAGCUUGAGGAGCAGAAGGAUGCAGAGAAGCCUGAGGAAGCUGAGGCUGAAGAGACGGAUGAUCUGAACCCUAUGGAUGAGGAUAACAUGGAUGUGGACAUGGACAAGGAGGAGGAGCAAGAUGAAGAUGCCCCGCAGGAUUUGGACAAGGAGGAGGAGGACAAGGAGAAGGAACAGCCCGGUCUGAACGAUGACCAGGCUCAGGCGGAUGACGAUAACGCUGCUCCCAGCGAUGUCAAGACGGGUGGUGGUCUUGCUCAAGAUGACCAGAACGACAUGCAGGACGAUACUGCCGACAACAAGGCCGCCCAGCGUGAGCAAGGUGCUGUCAACAACCAGUCCUCUGACCAAGACAACGCCCCCGGUUCCAAGGGUGAGCAGUCGAGGACUGAGCAGCAGGAGGGCCCCAAUGAGGAUCAAGAGACCGAGGCCAGCAGCCAACCAUUCAAGAAGCUCGGUGAUGCUCUCGACAGAUGGUACAGAAACCAGCGCGACAUUCGCAACGCCCCCGAAAGCAAGGAGGAGCAGCAGAAGCCCGACGUCGACAUGGCCAAGGUUGAAUUCCAGCACUUGCAGGAUGAAGACGCCGAGCCCGACACCCAGGCUCUGGGCACCGCCAAUGAUGAGGAAGUUCGUCCCAUGGACGAUGCCAUGGCCAUUGACACCGAGAUGGAAGACGCCAACAACCACGUCUUACCCGAGGAUGAACCCGCUGCCGAGGACAACAAGCAAGAGGACGUGGACAUGGAAGAUGCCGAGGCCCCUGAUUCCACCGACGCUCCCAAGGAGGACCGCAAGGACGGCCGUUCCGGCGUCGCCACUCACCAAGGUGCCUUCGAAGACUCUGACGAUGAGGACUCCGACGCCCGCAAGGCCAGCGCAAAGGAAGGCGACCUAGACGAGGCGAUCAACGAAGAAUCGUCCACCCAGCUCUCCGCCAUCCACCUCGAAGACCAACCACCUCGCCCCUUGCGCGACUUCAACGAGGCCCUCUCCAUGUGGACCACCUUCCAAACCAAGACGCAAUCCCUCUCCAUGUCCUUGUCUUCUCAACUCCGCCUGAUCCUCACCCCUUCGCAAUCCACCAAGCUCUCCGGCUCCUUCCGCACCGGCAAGCGCCUCAACAUCAAGAAGAUCAUUCCCUACAUCGCCUCCUCCUACAAGCGCGACAAGAUCUGGAUGCGCCGCGCCAUCCCGACCAAGCGCUCCUACCAGAUCUUGCUCUGUGUGGAUGACUCCCAAUCCAUGGGCGACUCGCUCAACAACUCCGGUUCCGCCGGCCGCUUGGCUUUGGAGUCGCUCGUCAUGACCUCCCGCGCGCUUACCAUGCUAGAAGUAGGCCAAGUCGGCGUCCUCGGUUUCGGCACCGACGUCUUUGUCGCGCACCGUCUCACCGACCCCUUUGCCUCUCACGACGCGGGCGCCAGGGUCUUGCAGCAAUUCACUUUCAAACAAGAGGGCACGGACAUGGUCAACCUCUUGCGGCGAACCAUCGAUCACUUCCGCGACGCGCGCCUCACCUCGGCCUCUCAGUCGGGAGGGGAAGAUCUCUGGCAACUCGCCCUUAUCCUGUCUGACGGUCUUGUUCAGAGUAAAGACCACGCGCGCCUUCGCCCCUUACUAAGAGAGGCAAUGGAGCAGCGCGUAAUGGUUGUUUUCAUCGUCAUGGACGAUGCUCGGGAUGCUCAAGGAAAUGCGAAAAAAGGAAGUCAAAGUGUCUUGGAUCUGAAAGAGGCUAGGUUCGGCAGUGAUGGUAUGCCGGUGAUUCAUCGCUACUUGGACAGUUUCCCGUUCCAGUAUUAUUUGAUUGUGCAUCACUUGGAUGAUUUGCCGGGGGCGUUGGCGGGCUUGUUGAGGAGUUGGUUUAGUGAGGUUAGUGCUUCUUGAGCACGCAUUCAGCACACAUACACACUCAGGGAAAGGGGGGUUGAAGAGAAAAUGAAACCCGAAAAUACUACGAGGAAAGAGAAAAAAAAAAAACUGGGAGACGAUAGAUAGAUCAUAGAUAGAUUGGCAUUCUUGUAUUAGGAGUUAUUUGUUUGUUUGCUUGCUUGGUUGGUUGGUCUUGGUAGGCUUGGAAGGGUAGGAGUUUAAUU